AGACUUGAUACCAUUGGCCUAGAGUCUAGACUCGAGAUUUGACAGACUUUUCGAUCUCCCUCCCAGCCCGAGAGUCCUGCCAGAACCGCUUCCACUCACGCAGACUUAUUUCAUUGCACACGUAUUCCUGAUUCGUCCCGUCCCGUCCCACGCGCCCAUGGCAUAGCCGCCGGCAGAUCCAUGGCACCAUGACAGUUCUCCCCCACGCUCAUCAGCAGGCAGGCAUCCCUCCAUUUCCUGACAACCAGCACGUCUCCCUCCCGAGCCCCGACGUAGUUUUCUCCCUCUCCCCGUCUCUCCCACCCUGCGCAACUCUCGGUGUCUUGGCAGCUUUCUAGUACCGACGAAGGUUCUGUUUCGUUAUAAGCCAGUUCGCGCUGGUCGGUGCGUCGUUUCAGUGAAGCGUCUUUCGCGGGGCCACCGGUCGGAAAAAGGUAGACGGCGCUCCAGGUGCUGAUAGCGGUUGAUCGCACACCCGCGUUUUGAGGCGCCUAAAAAAUAGUAGUCGAUCGCAGAAGCCGCUGUGGAUUCUUGCUAAGCUAGACAGGCUAAGGAGAUUUUCGCUUAGCUAUCGCUUAGUCGUCGCAUAGCUAUCGCAUAGCUGUUGCUACUAGAUUCGUGCGACGGUGACGAUCGACGCGUGCAGUUGUACUUUGGGCGAGCUCCCAAGGCGUCGAAUCCACGCGGUUUCGUCGUCGAAAGACAGAAGGAAAGAAAGAGAGAAAGGAAUGGCCGCCAUGCAAGUCAGCAUCGACCAUCCGACUCCCCACGCUCAAGCUCAUCCCCAUGGCUGGCAACACCACCUCGCCGCAUUCGGCGCCGCAUCUGCCGCUCUCGGCAGCACGUCCCCCACGUCACCCACCCCCCCGGACCACGUCAGCACCUCGCGCUCCAUCUUCCUCCUCAUCAAGAAGACACGUGGCGCGCAGCCGUCCACGGGCGCCUCGGCCACAGGCGGCUCGGCGGCUCUCCUAUCCGGGAGCAUAGGGAAUCUAGGAACCGCGACGCGUGUAGUGGGCCCGUAUGGCGACUCGACGGGGCGCAAGGGCGGCUCGGAGGUGGCGUACGACUUGGGCCCUUCCACGUCAGCGCGGCAGCAAGCCACGUGGCAGCACGACAGCAGCGACGGCGGCGGCGGCGGCGGUGGCCCUCCGUCACCUCAGCAGCAGCAGCCGCAUAAAUCAAAACAAGCGGCACCGCACGAGCCGCCACCGCCACCUCAUCACCAUCACGCUGCUGCUGACGUGUCAAUCGAUCUCGCGGCGCUGCGCGACCGCGCGGUCCGAAGCACGGCAUCCGUCGUAGAUUUCCGUCAGCAGCAUAUGGUGCGGUUCCUAAGAGACGCUAACUUGCUUGCGCUCAAGGGGCAGCGCGCGUGCGCCAUGAGCGGGGUGUGGGGUGCGCACGAGCUUGUUCCGGUAGUGUGGGAGGGGGAGGGGGAGGCGGAGGCGGAGGGGGGGUUGGAGAGUUCGCGCGGAGCGGCAGGCGCAGGGGCGGGGGCGGGGAGCGGCGGAGGAAGGGGAGGGGGAGAGGCGGAGAGGCGGAGUCCGCGUACCCACGGGUCUGGGGAGGUUUCCGCGCGGAUCGGGGGAAUGGCCCAGGGAGCUUGCGCGGGGGGAGGACUGGGCGGAAAUCCGCACGCGCGGAGCGGCGAGGGCGCAUCCACGCGGGAGAGAGGGCGGGAGGAGGAGGAUGUACUGGGGGAGAUACUAGCUGCGGCGGGCGCAGCGGAUUGUACGUAUAGCGGAGCGGGGCCAGCAGUAACGGGUAUGAACGCGGCAGCAGGGACAGCAGCCGCUGCCCCGAAGUCCGGCGCUGGCGGAUUAGGCGGCGGGGUAGGCGGGGGGAUAGCCGCCGGGUUAGGCGGCGAAAUACAGGCGCGGCCGGGCAUAGGGUCCCAUAAGGCCGCCAACGGUGCGCUUGACGAUUAUUUAAUCCCCCCCGGGAAUAGGGUUGACUCGGUGACGGCCGUAUCAGGGGCGCGGGAGAGGGGGGGAGAGUCACGGGGGGAGUCACGGGGGGAGUCACGGGGGGAGUCACGGGGGGAGUCACGGGGGCGAGAGAGUCUGGGGGGGAAGCAGAGCAGCAGCGGCGGGAAGAAGGGGGGGUUGAGCCCGCUGCGGCUGCGCCUCUCGUUACAGUCACCCCGACAGGGUAAGGAGGAGCAGCAGCGGCAGCAGCUGCUGCUGCAGCAGCAGAAACAGCAGCAGCAGCAGCAGGGGCAGCAGCACACCCACCACUAUAACGAGGCGGAUCAGAGCACAGACCGGCAGAGCAGCAGCCAAAACCAGGAUAGUCACACCUCUUUUAGUCACACCACCGCUCCCCACCAGCACCCCCACCACAAUCACCACCAUCACGGCUUAUUUCAUGGCUUGUUUAGAAGAAACUCCAGGCACACCUCGCAACAGUCACACUCGCAGCUGUCACACUCGCAACAGUCACACUCCACCCAUCCAGCUCUGUCCCACCCGCAACGCUCCUACACGUCUCCGGUUACCUCUUCCAAUACCUCUGCUGCUGCUGCGGCGGCUGCUGCUGCUAUGGCAGCAGCUGCAGCAGUAGCAACAGCAGCAGGAGCAGGAGGAGGGGUGUCAACAGGAGUGGUAGACUCGUACUCGCACCGAGUGCCCGGUUCUAUGACUGCUGGGGAUGCUGCUGCUGCUGCUGGUGCUGGUGCUGGUAGUGUUGUUGCUGGCGUCGGUGCCGCUACUACUGUCUACCAAGGUUGGGUUAUGGACCCUGACUAUCUUGACGCUCCUGCACCCCCUGCUGCUGCUGCCCCGGCUGCUGUUGCUGCGUCUGCUUCCGCUGCUGCUGCUGCGGUUGCUGCUGCCUCUUCUGACUCACGUGGUUAUAACGAGGGACAGGGCCACACGCGCAGCCGAAGCCACACUCCUACUCUCUCCCAACCUCACACCACCCAAUCUCACACACUCAACCCCUUGCACAAUAACACCCACACUCGCACCCUCACUCACUCCCACGCUCCCUCCCUCACUCCCUCACACAUACAAUGCAAGCCUCAAGUGCAGAUUCCUGUCCCUUCCCUAGAAGCCAUUCUGCAUGUGCCUAGAAGCAUAGCUUCCGACCAUGGGGGGAGGGGGGGCGCGGGGAUGGGCGGAAGGGGGGUGGGGGGAAGGGGGAUGGCGGAAGGUGACCCCUUUUACCUCUCCAAUCCCCCUUCUCCUGGCGGAACUGCUACGAUCACCGGAACAGACGUCCCCCUAUCCCUAUUUGCUGCUGCUGCGCCGACCACCCCUGGGGGGACCAUGGGCGGAGGGGAACGGGGAGGGUGGGGAGGUGGGGGGAGCCAAGGGGGGAGUUCCCCGCCCAUGGCGGAAGGAGGUGGGGGGAACGGGGAAUGGGGGGGGAGAGGCGAGGUGUAUAACCGCCUAGGUCAUGGGACGGAAUCAAAGGCAGGAGCAGUAUCAGCAGCAGCAGGAGGAGGAGGAGGAGGAGGAGGAGGAGGAGGAGGAGGGGCAGCAGCAGCAGCAAGGGUAACAGGUGGGGGAGUCUCGACUCAUGCUACUGGGAAAAUGCACAGCUCUUCCAAGGUUUUCCCCAGGCAGGCAUCACCCGGGGGAGGUGGGUUUGGGGGGGCCUGGCGGAGGGCGGGAAGUCCCUGGCGGGGGAGAGGGGGGGAGGGCGGAGCGGAGGGGGGGAAGGGAUGGGGAGGGGGCGGCGGAGGGGGGAGGAUGGUGGGGAUAGGGUUUGUGGCAGCGGCUGUGCCCCGGUGGGUGACUCCCCCUAGGCGGUUCUGGAGGAGCGGAGGAGGAGGAGGAGCAGCAGCAGCUGCAGCAACUGCUUCUGCUGUGAACGAUACUGAAAACGAGCCACUGCACCACAGCCGGCAUGGCAGUGUGGCUCCCACAAGGAACAGAGCUGCUGCCAUGAGAUGAGAUGAUGUGACCACAAGGGAUGCUGGUUACAUGGGUGGCAUAUGGUAUUUGCUCUGUGACUGCAAGGGACGCGGGUUACACGGAUGGCAUGUGUGCUGUGUGAAGCCGCGAUCACACCUGGCAGGGCAGUGUGACCCCAGCAAGGAACAGAGCUGCUGCCAUGAGAUGAUGUGGCUGAGAUGACUAGGACACAUACAUAGAAGAGCAGCUGGACAACUGAAGGGAGAGACUGUAAGGUUGGUGUGAUUAGCACAAUCAUGUGCGUUACUUAGGUUUAAUCAGUGGUUCUUUACCCACUUGGGUGCCAGUGAGUCAAACGUUUUUUGCGCUGGUAGGAGGUGCUUUCCAUUCUUGCCUCUCUGCAGUUGAGGUGUCACAAGAUUGAACUUGUACUGUGGUGUGAUAGGUAAAGAUUUUUCAUCG